AUGACCACAGCUGCUUCAUCUUCAUUAUAUGAGAAACAACCACCCUCAACAGUGAUUUCAUUUAUUCAGUCGCAAAAAGGAAAACCUUUGCUUGUAUUAGAUAAAUACCUUUUCAAAUUGAACAAACCAACAACAACUAAAAAAUAUUGGAUAUGUACACUUAUUGAAUGCUCAGCGAAAAUUCAUACAAAUAUAAAUGAUCAUUUCAUUAAAAUGAUUGGUGAACAUUGUCACCCUGCUGAAUCAGAAAGGAUAGAUGUGCGUGAAUUUCGAAAAAAUGUGAAACACCGAGCAAUAAAUGAGACAACACUCAUUCCACGUAUCUAUGAUGAAGAAUGUGCAAAAGCAAUGUUAUCAACUUUAUCAAUAGCUAUAUUACCAAGUGAACGUGAAAUAAAUAAGCAAAUAGUGUUGUUGGAUGCUUAA